UAGAAGUGUCAGUCUGCAGCGCUGCGCCUGUCACCCCAGCUCCCAGGGGAGGCUGAGGCAGGAGGAUCACUGCCAGCUUGAAGCCAGCCUGGGCCACACAGCGAGACCCUGGCUCCAAACGCCAAAACAAAAGGACAGGAGACCGACAUUCCCUUGGGGUUUCGAAAUGAGGCCCCCACCGGCCGUUUCCUCAGCCUCUGAUGGGAGUAGGGAAGCAAGCAGGGAAUUUGCUGGGCUCUGAAGCCCGGCGCUCGCUCCCCUACGUGGCCGCCCGGGCUUCGCUGCGCCCCGAAGGCACCGCGGGAGCUCGGCCAUGCGGCCGCACAGGUGCUUGGCCCGGGUCCCGGGAGCCGAGGCGGCUCCAGCCCGCGCUGCAGGACCAGGGCCCCGGGGGCGGCUCGCCCCUCCGCCGGGCGGACCGCGGCCCCGGGAGGAAACGCUGCGGCUUCUCAGAUGCCCGCCGCGCCCAGGCCGAAAGUCAGGGACAGUCACCCGGAACCCUCGACCAGCCGCCCGUGUUUUCCACUGGAGCCCCGGCCCGCGCGCAGACGGCAUCAGCGAAGAAUGAGCUCUUGGCAGGGGAACGGUCCGCUCGAGACGCUCCUGUGUUUUGUUUUGAUUUUGCCUUAGCGACUGCAGCCUGGAUUCGGUCCGCAGAGCCCGAGGCCAAAUUUUCAUCUGGUUUUCUGGGGCUUGGACCGAACACCUGCAGCGGGGCUAGGACACACAUCGCUGGCAACACGCGCGCGCACACGGACACACACCCCGAAAGGCCCAGGGUACCUUCCCAAAAGAGUUAAGGUCACUAUAUCACAGUGACACACGCUCAUCCCUGCCUUUUGCAGCACAGCUCAUAAAGGCUAAAGCUCGGAAGCUGCCUGCGUGUCCAUCAGCAGAUGAAUGGCUAAGAGAAUGUGGUAGCUGCACACCACGGAGUACUACUCUGCCAUAAAGAAGGAUGAUCUUGAGGCAUUUGUAGGAAGAUGGUUCCACCUUGCUCGAGCCA